AUGAUAAGUUUAAAGAAUACUUUGUUAUACUGUGUUUCUGUGGCAGCUGUUUGUUAUACUAUAAACGUUGGUGGAUACGGUCUGCGAACAGCUUUAGGAUUACUCGUUGGACCUGCAGUCGUGUGGACGAUUGCAGGGAUUAUUUAUAAUUACUUGGAAAUGAGAUUCAACAUCGGAAGAUUUAACUGGAAAUUUGAUGCUCUCCGGCGUGAGAACUACGAUCUAAAUGUAGCUAAUGAAGGACUACUAAUACAAAACAUAGUUCUAGCGGAAAAGCUUCUGAAAGGUGAUAAAGAACCGACCCUCGAGCAAAGCGAUCUCAGGAGAGCAGAACUCCACAUACAAGAACUUCAAGAGGAAAACGCCGAGCUGAGAGAACGCGCUGUCCAGCUAGAAAACUCCAAGGAUGAAGACCAACGUCAAUUAGAAGAAUUGACGCAAAAGCUCGUGAAAAUGGAAGCGCACCUGGAAGAAGAGAAUAGGUCCAGGAUGAUUCUGGAGGAGUCUUACACGACAAAAUUGCAAAGUCAAGAGCGGAGGAUUGCCGAGGCAUAUGAGAUGACGCAUCAGUUCAACGCUCAUAUCGUUCAACUCGAACAGGACAUUCACCUGAAGGACCAGCAGGUGGUGUCACUGAGAGCCAGAGUCCAUGAGCGGGAGUCAGUGACGAGGAAGUUGCAGGAAGAGAACCACAAACUCAGGGAUGAGAAUUCAACGCUCCAGAAGAAGGUACUUCAUAUCCCUCUUCUCUUCCCUCCUCACCCUCAUCAUAAACCCAAAAGGCCUCCUCCUCCCCCUCCAAACCCUGAACCUAUCCCCCCAAACCUCAAACCUUCCCAAACCCUUAUACCUCCAACCUUACUCCUCUUAAUUCCCCCCAAACCCUCCUAA